AUGUAUUUAAUCUAUUUGAAAGCUCUGCAGCAAUCGUCUAGUGCUAUACGCUUACGCAUUUUACCGAAAGCAAUAACAUAUUUGACCAACAUCGGUGCUGAUAUUUUGGCUGAACACAUACCUCGCAUAUCGAUACCAAACAUCAAACAGCGCUUUAAUAAUGGUUUGGGAAAUAUUUUGCUUUCGGCUAUUCGUGUUUCUCGAUUUAAACGAGCAUCUUAUCACACUAUUUCUACAUCAUCGCCUAAUAUAAUCACUUGGAUAAUGAAAAACUUAAGUGUGGGAUUAAUCGGAGAUUUAUCAGGAGAAAUCAAUGUUUUGUUACCGAUGAAAUUAGGAGGUGAGAUUGAGGUAUCAGCAGAUGGUAUUCACUUUAAAUUAGAAACUACUCUAGAACGGUCAAAAGCAGGGGCUGCACAGGUGUCACCGAUUUCUUGUCGUACAAUGAUUUCUGUUAUGAUGAUUGAAAUUCACAAUGGCGGAAUUGCUGGAAUGGCUUUUAAUUUAUUCAAGAAAGGAAUUUCUCGACAUAUUCGACCGUUGAUUCAAACAUUAAUAUGCGAGAAAGUCAUUCAAUUUAUAAACGAGGAUAUCAAUGCUAAAUUGUCACAAACCCAAACAAAAACAUUAUUAGCAAAUGCAGCACCAGUCAGCACGUUGGCCUUAUUACUUGGAUUUCCUAGCAGUGAUGAACUGAUUGAUAGUUUCCGAGUAUUCAAUAUCACUAGUAGUUAUCCAUUUUUAAGGAAAUUAGCUUCAAGAGUAUACGUUGAUUUCAGUCUAAGUGAAGACCCCGUAUGCUACAAUAAUACUAUUGAAAUUUACAAUAUGGCCGAGAUUUCAAUAACAGGUUCUAAUACAAGUAAAGCGCCAUUUAGCGUUCCACCGAUGUCAUGGAAAAAACAACCUUCGGAGAACGCUAUGAUUCAUUUGCUGAUAUCUGAUUACAUUGCGAACGCACUACUUUACCAUGCUUUCAUGGAACAUUUGCUGCAGUUUGUUGUGGAUGAUCAGACAGUUUCUUCAUUACAUUCAUUACUUCGUACAUCUUGCUCAGAUGGAAUCUGUUUAGCUGAUUUGAUACCUCAACUAACUGAACGAUAUCCAAACAGCAAAGUUCGACUCAUUUUCAAGCCCACUCGAGCUCCUGUGUUGUUGUUUCAGUCAGAGCAAGGCGGCAUUCUAAGAGCGAAAGUGGAAGGUUUAGUAUUUUUACAUACUGUGGGUUUCGAAGACAAUGUUAGUCACCAAGCCGCAACGUUUGUUUUGGAUAUUGUGGCAGAUAUGAAUAUAUUUAUUGAGAAUCACAGACUGUUGGGAAAAAUAACACUUAGUACUUUCCGGAUGCAACAUGUACAGGGAAAUAUCGAAAUAAGCGACGAAGAACUAUCUGAUAUUGAGCUAUUAUGUUCAGAAGUGCUACAGCGUUCUCUUAAUGACUUUUUACAGACAGGAUUUCUAAUGCCCAUUCCUAAAAUUCUACGGAUAAAAGAAACUGAACUACACAUCCUUAACCGAAGUAUUUUUAUAUCUACGGAAUUUGGUCUGGAUAGAAGACGUGUAAGUGUUAUUGCAUCAGAAGCAAUUGCGGAUAGCACAUACUUCCCGCGCAAACUGCGCGUGCACAGUACUAGACCAAAAGAAGUAGACGAAUGA